CUUGUGUCUGUAGUACCGAGAGGGGAAUGGUUUUAGGACGACUGUUUAGGCACGUGAUAUCGUGUCGCGCUGUAGGCAACCCCUUACAAAUUGUGCAGGGGGCAAAGGUUAAAAACUUUGUAAGGGCGCUGGGCGAGACACGCGGAGGAAGAGCAGGGUUAACGAGCGGCACAGACACAGGAAAACUUGACUGAGUUUGCCGCGGUGGAAGGAAGAGUCUACGUUCUUUUGCCAAGAGAUCUGUCUUCAAACCCGCACGAUACCAUGGAACAGACUGUGGCGCUGGUGGUCAUCUUGUCUGUUGUACAGAUCGUGUCCUGCGUGUCCUCCGUCCGCCAUCCAUCCGAGGGCUAUCCACUGGGUCACUACCAGGAGGCGCUGAGAGAGCAUGACGAUUGGACGACGCAGGGCGCGGCCGUGGUGGUUGUCGGGAAACGCGUGACACAGGACGACAACACGAUACACAACAAUGUGGUUCAUCACCGGCGGAAAAGAAAGGCCAUCCGCAACCCGCACAUGCGCUGGCCACAUGGCAUCAUUCCAUACACUUUUGAUGUUGCAUUCAAUAGCUAUGACCGGGACAUAGUGAUCAAAGCCAUGAGACACUGGGAGGAGCACACGUGCCUCAGAUUCGUGCCGCUGGGCAGCCCACAGGCCAGAAACCUGCCCACGGACAACUACAUCAAGUUUAUUAAGGGGAGAGGCUGCUGGAGUAAGGUGGGCAUGUUCUGGUGGACCUCUGCACAGGAGCUUUCCCUGGGCAACGAAUGUUUACAGAGCAAAUACGCGGUCGCCAUUGCUGUUCACGAAAUGGGACACGCCAUCGGGUUUUUCCAUGAGCAUGCGCGACCAGACAGAGACAAUUACGUCACGAUACAAUGGGACAAUAUACGAUGGGGAAGGUAUCGCCACUUCGUCCGUUUUGGCUACAAUAUGAUUGACACAUUCGAUAUCCCGUACGACUACCUGUCCAUCAUGCACUACGCAGAUAACGAAUUCUCCUGGAACCGCCAUUCCUUGCGCACCAUCGAAACACGUGACCCGGCCUAUCAAAACAUCAUUGGUCAGAGCAUCUCCCUGUCAUUCCUGGACAUCAAGAUGACCAAUCAGAUGUACAAAUGUGCAGCCCGCUGCCCCUCGUACGUGCGGUGUACCAGACCCAACAGUUUUGUAGGACCGACGUGCCGGUGUAUGUGUCCCGGGUACCACGGGCUGGGCACCAGGGAGUGUCCGCAUGAAUCCACACAGAUCGUGCACGGGUACGGCGGGCACAGGCACAGACUAGACUGUUACCAAGGUAACGGGAACACGUACCGAGGCUCCCGGAGCUGGACCCGAAGCGGCCGCGCCUGUCUGAACUGGUCCAACACGCUGGACCGGGACGUGUCCACCCUGUCGUACCCGCGCGGGUCGGCAGGGAUCGGCAACCACAACUACUGCCGGAACCCCUACCCGGGCAGCCCCCAGCCAUGGUGCUACGUGGGAGAUAUACGCAUCUUCUGGGAGUACUGUGACGUACCAAGAUGUGAUUAUUAAUGACCAAUGUUGUUAGUAAUCUCCAAGCAGAUCCACCGUGGCGUAAUAUAGUAUCAAACCCAUUGUGCCCGUUUGACUCCCUUUGGCCGGCUAUACUCCUUGGCCAGCUUUGAUACUAUCUUAUUGCACCGUAGGAUCUGCUUGGAGAUUAUGCUGUUAGAGCCAUAGGGUCGCUUGCCUGGUGUUGCCGCAAUGCUUAUUUUCUUGCCAAUACUGAUUUUUUUAUUAAUAUCCGUUUGACGUUCUUUAGCUUUGUUGUUCCUUGUCUGUAGCUUCCGCAAGCUAUGUAUUGUGAUUACGUACUGUGUAUGUGUGCCGAUAAUACAUGUUUGUAGCCACAAAGGUGGUCUGAUAAUAGUAUGAGAAUUUGCUGCCAAGUAAGGAGAAUUCAAACACCAAAUGACUGUUUGUAUUUGUGUUUUGCGUUGCUCAAACGAAAACUACUGGAGAAAUGUGUCAAUUACCUGUCAAACAAAGACAGACAAACAAUCAAAUGCUGAUGAUCGACAUUUUCUGAAGAGUACAAUUGGUGAACCGCAAAGGUACGCUACCUCAAUACCGUGAAUACCAUAAGAGUGUUCGGAAUUUCAUGCAGUUUAUUUUGCUUUUUUUUUCUAAACUGGUUGUUGAAUAUCAUAUAUCACAGUCUUUAAAUUUGUUGGAUAUGCAUUUUUAUGGCGAUAAAAUGUCUUAAUAGUUUUAGAGUGACACUAAACAGGGUAACGACAGAUGUUAUAUUCGUAUUCUUCAAAGUAAUAAUACCUUUAGAUACCCUCUUUUCAGUCCCGUUUCUGGGGAUGAUAAACAUGAAAUUAAGCUCAAGAUUACCAUGAAAAAACAUAGCAUGUAUUUUUGAGGUACAUAUGCCCAUAUCAUAACUCGGAUAACAAGCUUACAGUUUUCUUAAUGGUUUAUGAAUGUGAAAAUGACGACAAGGGACAAUGCCUUUCGCAGGCGAAAGAACCAAGCUAUACGUUGACAAGAAACUCCACCUUGCGAAUUACGCAGUGUUACAGUGUUACAAUUAUACAGUAAAUAUCUCUAUCCUCGGUAUAUUGUUGCACUCAUACGAGUUAUACUGUAUUUACAGUGGGACUUAUGAUAAUGAUAUUGUCCAUCUUGCUAUCUUAUAUGUUUUAUGAUUUAAACCCCCUUUUGAUGUUCAGGGCAUUGUAGCUGAGUAUGUGAUAAUACCAAAGGGCUAAAGAUCAACUAUUAGUAUUAGAGUAAACAAUAAAU